CCCGCAAAGAAAAAAAAAUCCACCCAGUCCCGCACCUCCUCUGCCUCCUUGAUUCCUCCCGAGCCGCCACUGGUCGCAAAUCCUAUCGCCGCGCCGCUCCGUCCCCGGGAUCCGGCCACCACGCCCACCGCCCCCGGAUCCGGCUGUCGCGCCGCCACCGUCCCUGUAUCUGGUCGCCACGCCACCCCCGUCCCCGGAUCCGGCGCCCCGCCUCCACCAUGCCAAAACCGCCGUUGGCCGACCGUGCUCAAGCUCGACGGCGCGGUCUCUCCACCCAUCCCCACCACCACCUUCUACCGACCUACAUCUCCAUCUCCACCGCCCUUGGUGCCGCCGUCCUCUCCUAGCGCAUCUCCGGCGCGGUACUGUUGCGCCGGCGACGGCCCACGCCACCGCUCCACUGGCGACGCCCCACCCAGCCCAACACUCCACCGGCAACGCUCAUCCCGUCCCAGCUCUCCACCGGUGGCGCCCCUGCCCAGUCCGUCCAGCAGUGGCGAGGCCGUUCAAUGACGGGAACCAAGGUCGUUCACUAGAUCGGGGUCAUCCCGUCAAUCCCCUCUUCGGAGCGCGCUGCUCGGCCUCCCACCAUGCAGGUCCAUCGCUCGUUGCGUGCUGCCACUGUCAGGGCCGGCGAGACCCACCCGCCCACCUCCCGUCCCCACCUGUGGCCGCUUCUGAAGUCCAGCCUGACCAGCCUCUUCAGUUCGGUGUGCUCUAUGGACGAGGAGGCAUGGAGCUGUCAACUAGGUAUGCGAGGCGAGCUGCUACUGCGUUUUAGGCGACCUGUGAAGUGUUUAGUGAGAAGAGUGGUCGCUGCAUCCUGGGAAUGGGAGAGAGCUCUACGAGAUUUUGCAAUAACAAGAUCGCACUUCUAUACAAUUUGUCAGUUGUUUAAAUAUUGGGUUUGGAGAUGGGGAGGCAGUCCAGCUCCAAGUUUGGUGCUCUGGGAGAAACUGAAGAGCUUCCUGGGCAUAGACAAGCAGAGAAGCUUCAAGUUCCUGUCCAUGGAGAAGCAUCAAAGUUUCGAGGGGAGGAGGAGCAGGGACAUCCCUGGAAAGAAGAGGGUGAUAGCGCGCUCCACCUCGCGGCAAGGACCGGCAAUAUUUGCCAUGUCCGACAAAUGGUGCAGUUAUUCCGUUGCCUCAUUCAAUUUGGUCCAUAGACUGUUGCCAUUUGAUAUAAGUGACAAAGAAUAACUUUUUUUUGCGAAAAACAAAGACAAAGAACAACUUAAACAGAAGAAACUAUUGUUGUUGUUCAGUACAGAGUACUACCGAACAUCAAGCUCAAUCUUGCUCGCUUUGAUGCUAGGUACGACUGGAUAAGAUAGACACCGUGUUUGAUGCUAUGGAGCAAUGGAUAAGAUGGAUGCGGUGGCUAAUAAAAUAUUUGGGAGAUGGAGAAUAAAGGUGUGUGAUAGAAAACCACUCGCUACACUUCUUUUAGGGAAAAAAAAGGGUACACGAACAUUAUACUUUGUUCAGUGCAUAUACACGUACUUGGGUUCAAUUUGAUAUUUGGACUAUGGAUGUUUAUGGCCUUGAACUGUUGCCUGAUUUUGUUAAACAUAUGGAAAAUAAUGUGAGCAAUUGGAUAGCAGUACA